CAACAAGCAGGCAUCGCGAGGGCAACUCCUCCCAGUUGACAACACGAGCUGGCUGCCUUCGACCACAGCGCGAUGGUCUCGUGGAUAAUCUCCAGACUUGUUGUGCUCGUAUUUGGGACACUGUACCCCGCGUACUCCUCCUACAAAGCAGUGAAAUCAAAGGAUGUAAGAGAAUAUGUGAAAUGGAUGAUGUACUGGAUUAUAUUUGCCCUUUUCACAACAGCUGAAGUCCUCACAGACAUCUUCCUAUACUGGGUCCCCUUCUACUACGAGCUGAAGAUUGCGUUCGUGGUGUGGCUGCUCUCGCCCUACACCAAGGGCUCCAGUGUGCUCUACCGCAAGUUCGUCCACCCCACCCUCUCCUCCAAAGAGAAGGACAUUGAUGAAUACUUGAACCAAGCGAAGGACAAGAGCUACGACACGCUGGUGCAUUAUGGGAGGAAAGGGCUGAACGUGGCAGCGACCGCAGCGGUAAUGGCCGCCUCGAAGGGCCAGGGGGUUCUGUCGGACCGCCUGCGGAGCUUCAGUAUGCAGGACCUCGCCUCUCUCCAGGCCGAGGGGGGGGUGCAGCCUCCCGGCCCCGCCCAGCCAGGCCCCGGCCAAUCACGGACACGUGCUACGAUGCGCAGCAAAUCGGAAUCAGGCUACACCAAGGGGUUGGGCCAGGAGUUUGAUGAGCCUGACUUUGAGCUCUUGAGUUUGGAGCAGAAUGACCCUGCAGAGCCACCAUACCCACAAAGUCCCAGUCCUCCCCCACCGUCUCCACCUGCCCGACCCCGACCUGACCCCCCGACCCCCACUCAGCCCCUCCCCCCUGAGCUGGCGGAGGAGGCGACCUCUGACCCUCACGCUCCCUCUGACCCCACCUACCGGCAGGUGAAGAGACGUGCCCCAGAGCCUCCUCCUAGGCCCCUGCGCCCGAUCACCAGGUCCCGAUCCAAGAGCUCCCUCUCUGGCGGCGAGGUCAUGUGACUCUGAGGUCAUGUGACUGCGCUCCUCCUCAGAGCUGAAUCAGGCCUCCGAGACGAGAAACGGACAAAUGCAGCCUUGGCAACCAAAGUGAUGCGAACACACCUUUGACCUUUGGAGGCGGGGGUCAGGGGUCAGGGUGCUGUGAGCAGUUUGCUCCAGUGGAGCAGCCUCUCUUUCUUCUCUUCACUGUUACAGACUGUGUACAUAUUUACUGUGAGUGUGUGUGUGUGUGUGUGUGUGUGUGUGUGGGGGGGGGUGUGUGUGUGUGUGAGGACUCGGCUGAGGUGCGGGGUUUGUGUCUAGGACAGAUAGGCCCGGCGCAGGCUGCAGAGUGUGUGUUGGUGUGUAUGAGUGCAAGUGUGUGUGUUGGUGUGUAUGAGUGCGAGAGUGUGUGUGUGUUGACUGAGGGCCCUAAUUUCAGUGACGGGCAACUGGCAACGAGCAAAACAAAGAGCUAAGUCCGCCGUGCUAAAGCUCACUAAAGCUAACUAAAGCUAAUUUUGCGACUUAUCAAGAUCAUUUAGCUAAUUCAAUUGGUCGUUGUAAGCCAGCGAUGUGUGUGUGUGUGUGUGUGUAACUGCUAAAUGUUUUCAAGAAUUGAGAUCAUUAUGAAGAAGAAAGAGAACACUUUCAGACGUAUGCAUACCUGCCAAGUCAUGUCUCACGUGCGUGACACUGAAUCUCAGAUUGUGACUCCCAGUAGAAUAAUACUAGUAUAACAGUAGAGUGAUAUGAAUAAUAAUAAUACUAGUAUACUAGUCCAUUAGACUGCUGUGCUGUGCAGUGCGAGUGAGACCUUGUGUGCACUGUGCAGCUCACUAUGCCUGUGUAGCAGUUUAUAAGACCUUGUGUGCACUGUGCAUCUUACUCUGUCCGUGUAGCUGUUUAUAAGCUACUGGUCAACAAAGUUUCAAUAUUCAGCCUCACUGAACAACUUCUGAUCUCAAGGCGAACCAGACCUGUUUAUGAAAUGCCUCCAAAAUGUAACGAUAUGCUUGCAGGGGUUGUUUUGUGUGUGUGUGUAAGUGUGUGUGUGUGUGUGGGGGGGGAAGGCAUGCGGAUUUUCACGUAUUUCAAUCUCUGACCUCACGGAAUUCAGCCAUGUUAACUUGACAGGUAUGCGUAUGGUGACUUAGUGCUACAGCACUCAGGGUCCCAGCACUGUGUGUGUGUGUGUGUGUGUGUGCGUGUGUGUGUGUAUGCGUGUGUGUGCGUGUGUGUGUGUGUGUGCGUG